AUGAGGAUCAUGAUGCUUCUGCCCAUCUCGGAGGUUGAGGAGCACAGGGGUCAGAGAAUGCCAUUAAUGCGUGGUCCACCUCCUCAGGGCAUGAUAGCACCACCUCUUCCCAGACCUCCACCUCCUCCACCCAUGAUGAUGGCUCCUCCUAUGUCAGGACCCCCUCAGCCCCCCAUGGCUCCAGUUGGACCACCCAUGGGACCCAUGCCGCUAGUUGGAAGCAUGAACCCUAUGACUUCAGCACCACCUCGGCCCAUGCCUCAAGACCCUCCAAAGAUCAGUCGCAGUGUUAUACAGGCGGCCCCCACUGUUUACACAGCACCUCCUGCGCCUAAGAGAACUGACUUCAAGAGCCAGAAACAAGCACGCAUGGAGGAGUUGUCAGCGUUGGUGGCAGAGAGUGACCGGCCAUUGAACAAGUAG